AAAGAAAUUUGUACCUGGGUUGAGGAUGGUGACUACAUGCUGACCACAAGCACAUUGACCUGAGUCUUCCUGGAACCAAAAGGUUGCUGAUGAAGAUUCCUGAAGCAUUGCCUUGUUAACUUACUACCAACCAAUCAGAAGAAAGUAGCUGGUGGAAAUUAAAGUUACAUUGCCCUGCUCUUUCCACGUUCAGCGGAACCACUUAUGGACUGUUCACUGGUGAGUGUCGGGGGUCCUGGAAGUGUUUUGCUGCUAUUCUUCCUGGACUUGGUACCUGGAAACCGUUCAGAAACCCUCAGCCCAGGUUUACAAGUCCAGGUCAGAGAUAACUUGAAGAGAUUUCCAUUUUGGGCACCCACUGGACUGAGAAGUUGUCUUAAGUUCAUGGGAAAGUCCACACAGAUGCUUGAGCAUGCAGUUGAGAUGGGUGUGUUUUAGAAUUUGUAUGUCUCUGUUAAAAGUCUGGUAAGAACAGAGAGCAAGGGGACAAGAGCUAGGGUAGACUGGUAGUAUGAGAAGAUGGGUUUCUGUUCUGAGAAUGAUAGUGGAAAUAGAAUUUUUGGAAUGGAGAGGAAAAGUGAUGUGACUUAGGUUUUAAGAGGCUGCCUCUGGCUGCAGAGUGCACAAUCUCUUGGGGGAGAGGAAGACAAGAGAAAAUCAAAGGAAAAAAAAAAAGAUAAUCAAAGGACUGUCUUAAUUUUCCAGAUUUGCAUUGGUUAUAGCUGGAUCAAAGUGGUAGAUGUAAAGGUAGGAGGAAUAUUUGGAUUUUAAGUAGAGGCUAACCAGAUUUUCCAAUAUGGAGGGCUCACAUGCCUCCAAAGUCUUUUUAUUUGCAUCUGGAAGAGUGGAAGUGUCAUCAACUGAUUUGGGAAAGUCAGUGGUUUUCAGUGAGAGUAUUAGGAAUUGAGUUUCAGCCCUGUUGAGCCUCAGAUGUUCCAGUGACUCCCAAGUGUAGGAGACAAGUGGAUGACUGAACAUGUAGAUCUAGAGUGCGGGGGAGGCUUCAGGAUGCCAUUAGGGGACAGAGGAGGAGAGGGGGUACUGUCACAAGACAGACAAGAGGAGUGGUCAUCAUCGAGAAGGGAAGGGGAAGUCCAGAUAGUAGGUCAGGUUUCUUUGGGAGAAUGGCUUUGAAAUUGAUGCAGAAUGAAAGCAGAAAUGGAGAAGAAGUGAUAGCAAAGUCAGGCUGGUGCAUAUUUCCCUUCCUGUGACUCACCUGGCUUUUGUGGUUGAACUUGGGAAGUUUGUGACAGGAUGUCAGAUGAGUUUACUGAAGAUGUGUCAAGCAGGUGUGUUCAUAUAACACCAUUUUAAAUGGGUGUUAUAUGAACAAAGAUUGUACCUGUUGAAAAGACAUAAUGUGCAGUAUGGAAGUGUAGCUGGACCAGGGGUAUCUAGAUAUGCAUGUUGUGACUGAGGAUAAAGUCAGGACCAAGGGCUGGUAGGGAAACCUUCAGAACAGGGCUGGGGAGCUACCAGUGAAGAGUUGGGGUGUGGUGGGAACCUGUUACAUUGACAAGGAUUUUCUGUUGCCAUGUGCAGAAGGGUCUAUGAGGAGACAGGAGAUAUACCAACUUUGUGGUCCAGAGUAUGGACUGGGGUUAGGGUACUUACGGGAUCCUAGGGAGAGAGGCUGCUUAUGCACACACUGUCCCCAUCAUCCCAGGGCCCUGUGACCUUUGACGAUGUGGCUGUGUACUUUUCCCAAGAGGAAUGGAGGCUCCUUGGUGAGGCCCAGAGACUCCUGUACCAUGAUGUUAUGCUGGAGAACUUUGCACUGGUUGCAUCCCUGGGGUGUUGGCAUACAGCAGAGAAUGUUUCUGUAGAAGUGCCGCAGAGAAAUACCAAAAAGACAGACCUGUCCAGCCAGAAGAUCUGUCCCUGGGAGAUGGGUAACCUGGCCUUAGAAGGUGGUUUGUGUGUACCCGAGGCCCUGCGAACAAACCCUGGCCAGACACUGUGUGGGACAGAUGUGAAAUCCCACCAGCACGGUGGAGAGAAACUCAUGAGAAGAGAUUUGGGUAAGGCCUUAUUGAAGAACUGCACAGUCCAUGCAUUGGAGAAGGCUUCUGUGUGCCAGGAGGUGAGGAAGGAUUUCCCUGGUAGCUCUGGCCAUGUCCAGCACCAGGUUAAACCACAAAUGAUGGAGUUUGUAGCAGAGUUUCACAAUGGAGAAAAGCGUUUCAAGUGCAAUGAGUGUGGGAAACUCUUCUACCGGAAGUCUAGGCUUGCUCAGCACCAUAGAGUCCACACCGGAGAGAAGCCUUAUGAAUGCAGUGAGUGUGGGAAAGUCUUUAGAUGCAGCUCCAGCCUUGCUAUACAUAGAAGAAUUCACACAGGGGAAAGGCCUUAUGAGUGUAGAGAAUGUGGAAAAUUCUUUAGGCAACACUCCCAGCUUGUUGUGCACCAGAGAAUUCACACUGGAGCCAGACCAUAUGAAUGCAGUGAAUGUGGGAAAACAUUCAGUACUAAAACCAAACUUGAUCAGCACUGGCGAGUCCACACCAGAGAGAGGCCUUAUGAAUGUGGAGCAUGUGGGAGAACUUACACCUGUAAACGCAUGCUUGAGCAACACCAGCUAGUCCACACUGGAGAGUGGCCUUAUGAGUGCAAUGAGUGUGGGAAAGCCUUUAGGUACUUUUCCAGCCUUUUUAUGCAUAGAAGAAUUCACAGUGGGGAAAGGCCUUAUGAGUGUAGUGAAUGUGGGAAGUCUUUUAGGCAAAAGGCCCACCUUCAAGGCCACCAGAGAAUUCACAGUGGAGCAAAGACUUUUGAGUGCAGUAAAUGUGGGAGAUGUUUUAGCCAAAAGUCUGUUCUUACUAAACACCAGAGAGUCCACACUGAAGAAAGACCUUAUAAGUGUAGUGAAUGUGCGAAAUGCUUUAGGGAUAGAACUAGUCUCAUUAAGCACCUGAAUUUACACUGGAGAAAAGCUACCUAAAUGCACUGAAUGUGGAGAAGUUUUUAGCCAAAGUUCACCGGAAAAGAGUUUCACACCACAGAAGGGCCUCACAAGUACAGUA